AUGCUCACCUCUCCGUCCAGGGCGCCUCUUGUCGAUAACCCGCACAUCAUCUCCGCCUCCCUCCACAACCCCCGGCCCCUCUUCUUCCACGCCUACAUCUGGCCCUUUGCCAUCGCCUGGCCCGUCUUCUUCUCCAUCUACCUCUCCACCGAGUCCUACAACAAAUACAUCAACGGGCAGGAAUGGACAUUUGUCUUUGCCGGCUCCAUCGUUACCGUUCAGAGUCUCAUCUGGCUCUCCACAUUCUGGAACGUGAAUGUUCGCACCUGGUUCACCACGACCAGCGCGCGGAGCAUCAAGGAUGCGCGCCUGAUCAAGGUCAUUCCCGCCCAAAAUGCGGGCAGCGCGGAGAUUUGCCAGAUCCAGAGGAGCCGGCGGCCCACGGAUGGCAAGGAAGAGACGAGCUUCUUGUUUCAGAAGAGAAACUUUCUGCUGGACGAGGAGAAGGGAUCGUUUGCGCCGUUGCAUUUCAACAUGGACAAGGAUCCUAAGCCCUUGAUUGCCGAAUUCCAACGAAGUAAAGGGCUGAGGAAGAAGGACGAGAUUGAACGUUUGCGCCAACACUACGGGAGCAACAUCUUUGACAUUCCCAUCCCCACCUUUUCGGAGCUGUUCAAGGAGCAUGCGGUCGCACCGUUCUUUGUGUUCCAAAUCUUUUGCGUGGGCUUGUGGAUGCUCGACGAGUACUGGUACUAUUCCCUGUUCACCUUGUUCAUGCUGGUCGUGUUUGAGUCGACGGUUGUCUGGCAGAGGCAGAGGACGUUGACGGAAUUUCGUGGAAUGAGCAUCAAGCCUCAUGACAUCAACGUGUACAGGGAGAACAAGUGGCAACUCAUCUCAAGCGAUGAACUCCUACCCGGUGACCUGGCUUCGAUCUGCAGGACAAAGGAUGACAGUGGAGUGGCGUGUGACAUGGUUCUGGUGGAGGGUAGUGCCAUUGUCAACGAAGCUAUGCUUUCCGGAGAGAGCACGCCCGUCUUGAAGGACUCGAUCCAGCUACGGCCGGAAGACGCACGAAUUGAGCCCGAAGGACUGGAUAAGAAUGCGUUUCUAUGGGGUGGAACGAAGGUGCUCCAAGUGCAGCACGGUACCGCUUCCGAGGAUGCGUCCGAGACCGUUCAGCAGGUUUCGUCCGGCGUUCCCCCACCCCCGGACAAAGGCGCCAUGGCCAUUGUCAUCAAGACAGGCUUCGAGACGAACCAAGGUGCUCUCGUACGGACGAUGAUCUACUCGACCGAGCGCGUCAGCGCCAACAAUGUCGAAGCGCUACUCUUCAUCCUCUUCCUCUGCAUCUUCGCUAUCGCAGCGUCGUGGUACGUGUGGAAGGAGGGCGUAAAGACCGAUCGGCCACGAUCGAAACUCCUACUGGACUGCGUCAUCAUCAUCACCUCGGUCGUGCCGCCUGAGCUGCCAAUGGAGCUCAGCUUGGCCGUCAACACCAGUCUGGCCGCACUCAGCAAAUUCGCCAUCUUCUGCACUGAACCAUUCCGCAUUCCCUACGCUGGCCGAGUGGACGUUGCCUGCUUCGACAAAACCGGUACUCUCACUGGCGAAGACCUCGUGGUCGAUGGAGUCGCAGGCUUGUCUUUGGGCGAAGCCGGCGUCACCGCCGAGCCAGAUGGAGCGCAGAGUGAAAUUAGCAAGAUGGCCGCCAUCCCAUUGACUACCACUCUCACGCUUGCCACCGCGCACGCCCUGGUCAAGCUCGAAGAAGGCGAUGUUGUAGGAGAGCCCAUGGAGCGGGCAACAUUGCAAUGGCUGGGCUGGACCGUUGGAAAGAACGACACUGUCUCUGUCAAGCCCCCAAAGAACUUGUUUGGACAAGCUCCCGUCAGCGUUUCUUCCGACACGGUGCAGAUCAAGCGUCGCUUCCAAUUCUCCUCCGCGCUCAAACGACAGAGCUCGGUGGCGACGACUGUGACGACUGAUCCCAACACCGGCAAGAAAGUCAAGGGAACUUUUGUCGCAGUCAAAGGUGCGCCGGAGACCAUCCGAAAGAUGCUCGUGCAGGCCCCGCCGAAGUACGAAGAGACAUUCAAAUACUUCAGCCGAAACGGCGCGCGUGUCCUCGCGCUGGGCUACAAAUAUCUGUCGAGCACCGAUGAGAUCGGCCAGAAUAAAAUCAACCAUUUGAAACGGGAGGAGGUUGAGUGCGAUCUGCACUUCGCCGGCUUCCUCGUUCUGCAAUGCCCGCUAAAAGACGACGCUAUCAAGGCUGUCCGCAUGCUCAACGAAAGCAGCCACCGUUGCGUCAUGAUUACUGGCGACAAUCCGCUGACUGCCGUCCACGUUGCGCGACAAGUCGAGAUUGUGGACCGAGAUGUGCUCAUCCUCGAUGCGCCGGAGCACGAUGACAGCGGCGAGAAGCUGGUGUGGAGAAGUGUGGACGACAAGACGAACAUUCCCGUCGAUCCUGCUGCGAGUCUGGACCCGGAAAUCCUCCGAACCAAAGAUCUGUGCGUGACUGGGUAUGGAUUGGCCAAGCUCAAGGGACAGAAGGCGCUUCGGGAUCUGUUGACGCACACGUGGGUGUACGCACGCGUGUCGCCAAAGCAGAAGGAAGACAUCUUGCUCGGCUUGAAGGAAGCAGGAUACACGACCCUCAUGGCCGGUGACGGUACGAACGAUGUGGGUGCUUUGAAGCAGGCCCAUAUUGGUGUUGCGCUGCUCAACGGCACAUCGCAAGAUCUGGAGAAGAUUGGGAAGCAUUUCCGCGAGACGAAGGUGAAGGAGGUGUAUCAGAAGCAGGUCGCCCUGAUGCAGCGAUUCAACAGGCCGCCGCCUCCGGUGCCCAUCCAGAUUGCCCAUCUCUAUCCGCAGGGGCCUGAGAAUCCGCACUACGAGAAGGCGAUGGAACGAGAGGGGCAAAUCAUUGCGCAGAUCGCCAUUGCGAAUGGGGAGGCAGUGCCGCCCGCUGCAAAUGGCGCUCCAAACGGUACAGCUGUCCAGCCUGUUCCGGCGCAAAACGUGCCGGCCAAGUCGCCGCAGGAACAGCGCAAGAUUGAUGCGGCGAAUAAAGCGCAGAAUGCGGCGCAGCAAAUGGCGGAGAAGUUGACGCUGUCAAUGAUUGAGGACGAGCUGAGGAACGACGAGCCUCCGAGCAUCAAGCUGGGCGACGCGUCUGUGGCCGCGCCGUUCACGAGCAAGCUGGCCAAUGUCGUGGCCAUCCCCAACAUCAUCCGACAAGGCCGAUGCACCCUCGUUGCAACGAUUCAGAUGUACAAGAUCCUCGCGCUCAACUGCCUGAUCAGCGCAUACAGCUUGAGUGUGCUCUAUCUGGACGGGAUCAAGUUUGGCGAUUAUCAAAUCACCAUCAGCGGAAUGCUCAUGAGCGUGUGCUUCUUGAGCAUUUCCCGCGCCAAGCCCGUGGAACAGCUGUCGAAAGAGCGACCACAGAACAACAUCUGGAAUUGGUACAUCAUCCCAUCCGUCCUCGGGCAAUUCGCCGUCCACAUUGCCACGCUCAUCUACAUCUCCAACUAUGUGCAUCAAUUCGAGGCGCGGGAAGACCGGGCGAAGAUUGACCUGGAGCGCAAGUUCGAGCCGUCGCUCCUCAACAGCGCCAUCUACCUGCUGCAGCUGAUCCAGCAAAUCUCGACGUUUGCCAUCAACUACCAAGGCCGGCCCUUCCGCGAGUCGAUCCGGGAGAACAAGAGCAUGUACUGGGGGUUGGUGGCCGUGGCGGCCAUUGCGUUUAGCUGCGCGACGGAGUUUGUGCCGGAGGUGAACGGAUGGUUGAAGCUGGUGCCAUUCAGCUCGCGCUUCAAGAUGGAGAUGACGGGGGUCAUGAUUGUGGAUUACGUGGGGUGCUGGGCGGUGGAGAAUGUGUUGAAGAUUGCCUUCAGCGACUACAAGCCGAAGGACAUUGCCGUGCGUCGGCCGGACCAGCUGGAGCGGGAGCGCAAGCGGCUGCAACUGGAGCAGGAGGAGGCGCAGAAGGCGAUAGAGCAGCAGGCCGGCAAGGCUUGA